AAAAUAAUAAAAUAAUAGGAGUGUCCUUGACCUUGACGGACUCCAAUUCCCAGAACUAAGGUUUUGAUACAAGGUGUGGCGAGAGAGAGAGAGAGAGAGAGAGACAGAGGAGGGAGGGAGGGCGGAGCUGCGGAAGCAAUGUCAGAGCUAGACAGGCAAAUAGAGCAGCUCAAGAAGUGCGAGCCUUUGAAAGAGUCCGAAGUCAAGUCUCUUUGUCUCAAAGCCAUGGAAAUUCUUGUCGAAGAAAGCAAUGUUCAAAGGGUCGAUGCCCCUGUUACUAUAUGCGGGGACAUUCAUGGGCAAUUUUAUGACUUGAAAGAGCUUUUCAAAGUCGGAGGUGAUUGCCCAAAGACCAAUUACUUAUUUCUGGGAGAUUUUGUUGACAGAGGGUUUUAUUCAGUGGAAACAUUUCUACUUCUGCUUGCCCUGAAGGUAAGAUAUCCGGAUCGAAUAACACUAAUUAGGGGAAAUCACGAGAGCCGACAAAUCACUCAGGUUUAUGGAUUCUACGAUGAGUGCCUUAGGAAGUAUGGAUCUGCCAAUGUUUGGAGAUAUUGCACAGAUAUAUUUGAUUACUUAAGUCUUUCAGCUUUAAUAGAGAACAAGAUAUUUUCCGUUCAUGGAGGUCUAUCUCCGUCUAUUUCCACAUUAGACCAGAUACGCACCAUCUUUAGAAAGCAAGAAGUACCCCAUGAUGGUGCCAUGUGUGAGCUACUAUGGUCUGAUCCAGAAGAUACUGUUGAUGGUUGGGGUUUGAGUCCUCGUGGUGCUGGUUUUCUCUUUGGUGGCAGUGUUGUUAAUGCUUUUAAUCGCACAAAUAACAUUGACUACAUAUGCCGUGCCCAUCAAUUGGUCAUGGAAGGUUAUAAAUGGAUGUUCAAUAACCAGAUAGUUACCGUCUGGUCAGCUCCAAAUUACUGCUAUAGAUGUGGUAACGUAGCCGCCAUUCUUGAGCUUGAUGAGAAUCUUAAUAAGAAAUUCCGUGUUUUUGAAGCAGCACCACAGGAAUCAAGAGGAGCUCCUGCCAGAAAGCCACCACCUGAUUAUUUUCUAUGAGAAUAAUUUAUUGAAGAGGUGCCAAUUCUCGGCUUAAUGACUAUAUAAACUCUACGUCCAAAUAUGACGGUGAUACUUGAGGAUUUAUAAAUGUACACUCUCGCCAAGGGGCAUUCUUGAGAUAGGCUGAAUGGUAGAAACCAUUUUUAUCUUUAUAAUUAGUGUAUAUGUGUAGAGAAUGCUUCUUCAUUGACCCCUGACUGAUAUGUUCUUAUCUUCUUCCUUUAAAUCUUUUACUUGUAGUUGUAGUCUGUGCUAGGUAGCAAUUUGUUUGUUACAGAUCGGGUGUAGCAAAUUUUGACCUGUAACCAGGCUCUUUGAAUUAUGUAUUCCGUAUAGAUCCAGCAGUCAGGGCUGUAUUACUGUUUUGUUCAGCUAUUCUUUUUUUGGAAGUCAGGAUAUGAACAAUUAAGGCGGUUUUAUUUAA